AUGACAGAGGAAAAGAACUGGGCGGUAGAACCGGUCCUCAGGCCAAGCGGAGGCCCCCGGAGGUUCUGGAACACGUUUCUGCUUCUUCUGGUGGUCCUAGUGUACUUUUCUUCUGUUCUGAUUGGCCAGAUUAACCAGCUUUACGCCAACCACAAGGAAAUAGGCGUUGCAAAACAAAGAUCGCUUGUGCCUGUUGUUCCGGAGGGAAAACUGCCCCUGACCUUGGCGGCCACCCGCAACGGGACGUUUACCCCUGAAAGGAAGAGUAUACAGUGGCUGAGGACCGACUCUUCGGCAGCCAACGACUCCGGAGAGUACAUCGUUAUAGACGGCGCCGACUAUGUUCUCAAGUCGCUGACGGACAAGAGAGAGCGCGUUCUCUUUUCCGGGACAGUCGUGGACUACAAGGACUCCUCGUUCAAGAUUGAGGACAUUGUUUUCAGCGACAACUUGAAACACGCCCUGGUUAUCUGUGAUAAGGUCCAUAACUGGAGACACUCCUUUUUCGCUACGUAUUUUGUGCUGGAAGUGGAGUCCAAGAGAAUCAGCCCGCUGUACAACGGCAGCUCGCUUGUGUCACUGGCGAAAUGGUCGCCAGACUCUUCCAGCAUCGCUUUCGUCGUGGACAAUAAUGUCUAUGUGAAGAACCUGGCCUCCAACGAGGUGCGCCAGGUCACAUUUGAGGGCGGCACAGAGAUCUUCUAUGGCAAGCCGGACUGGGUUUACGAGGAGGAGGUGUUUGAGGGCGACACGGCGAUGUGGUGGUCUCCGAACUCCGAAUAUUUGACGAUUUUACGCUUCAACGACACGCUCGUGCCGACAUUCCCUAUUCCGUACUUUGUGCAACACAAGGACGACGUCUACCCGGAACUGCGCGAGCUCAAGUAUCCGAAAGCAGGGUAUCCGAAUCCCCAGGUGGACUUUGUUGUGUACGACAGCAAGAACGACAAGCUGGCGUCGCUGGACCCGUCUGACGCCUUCUACAACGACAAGGACGUUUCUAACGAGGAGAGACUGAUCACUGAAGUCAAGUGGGUUGGGGAUUCUGAUUUCUUGCUGAAAAUCACCAACAGAGAAUCGGACAUUCUGAAAAUCUUUAUCGUGGACGCCUCGGCGAUGGAGUCGCGGCUCAGACGCUCAGAUUACGGCUCGAGCGCGAACUCGUGGUUUGAAAUCAGCCACAACCUGCUGUACGUGCCGAAGUCCGACUCCAGACCGCACGACGGCUACAUCGACAUCGUCGACGUGGACGGAUACGAUCACCUAGCAUACUUCUCUCCGCCGGACACAGAGGACCCGCUUAUUCUCACGUCCGGCGAGUGGGAGGUGGUGGACGGCGCUGCCGCAUUCGACGCCGUCCUGAACAAGGUUUACUUCAUUUCCACCGAGAAAUCGUCUGUCGAGAGACAUCUGUACUCGAUCGACCUCGACGGCUCCAAUAAAACCAGCAUCACAGACGUCGGCCAGGAAGGAUGGUACUCGGUGUCGUUUUCUGCUGGCUCGCGGUUCCUGCUGCUCAACUACAACGGACCGGACGUUCCGCACCAGGAACUGCUUGAUUUGCAUCUAAACACGAGAAAAACGCUCACUUCCAACGACAAGCUCGCAGAGACGUUGCAGAAGUACGCUCUGCCCGAACACAACUACGGCGAGAUCGACGUCGGGGCCGGCAAGCUGCUCAAUUUCCACGAGACGCUGCCUGUGAAUUUUGACGCCUCCAAGAAGUAUCCGCUGCUCUUUUUCGUGUACGGCGGGCCAGGCUCGCAGCUGGUGCAGAAGCAGUACGCGAUGGCGGCGUCUGCGUUCUCGUCGGUCGUUGCCGCACAGCUGGACGCCGUGGUGGUGACUGUCGACGGCAGAGGAACAGGAUACAAGGGAAAGGCAUUCAGAAACAUUGUGCGCGAUAAACUCGGACACUACGAGGUGAUCGACCAGAUCGCCGCGGCCAAACACUGGACCGCGAAACCGUACAUCGACGAGCGAAAAACGGCUAUCUGGGGAUGGUCGUACGGCGGCUACAUGACGCUCAAGACGCUGGAGGCCGACCAGGGCAGCACGUUCAAGUACGGCAUGGCUGUCGCUCCGGUCACCAACUGGCUACUUUACGACUCGAUCUACACAGAGAGAUACAUGCACACGCCGCAGCAAAACGCAGGCUACUACAACUCGUCGGUGCACGAGGCUGCGAAUUUUGCCGGCGUGGAGCGGUUCCUGCUGAUGCACGGAACAGGCGACGACAACGUGCAUUUCCAGAACUCGCUCAAGUUCCUGGACAUGCUGGAUCUCCAGGGGCUGGAGAACUACGACGUGCACGUCUUCCCGGACAGCGACCACUCGAUUCGCUACCACAACGCAAACACGAUCGUCUACGAUAAGCUGCUGGCCUGGCUGAGGCAGAAUUGGUCAUGA